CAUAAAUUUGAUGGGUGGCAGAAGAAAGAAUCUAAACACUUCUAUAAGAGUGCUUCUCAUUUUCAAAACUUCACAUCCACAUAAACAAUAUCACCAUUGAUAUCGGUUCACAGUUAGACAAUAUCGGAUAUUGUUGCAACUACAAGCAAAACCCUUCACUAAAAAAAAGUCCCUCCAUUGCUUUACUUGCCUUUCGCCGCCACCACCAUUUUCAAUGGACGUCUUCUUUGAACCCCAAAGAGGCUCACCAUUCUCCAUUGAACUGGGUUACUUUGACACUGUCCUAGAGAUCAAAGAAAAGGUUCUAAAAUACCGAGGUAUACCCGUAAACAAGCAAACCCUAGUUUUCAAUGGUCAAGUCCUUCAGGAUGAUCGUGAUAUUGAAUACUGUGAAAUCCUCCAUAACUCUCACAUCCAGCUCCUCAUAGCUCCAGAUAAUGAUAAUAAGCCACAGCCUCAAAUCAAGAUCGAAGAAUCCUCACCUUCCAACAAAAUUCAACUCAGCAUCAAGAUACCAUCUUCCAAAAUGCUUGUCCCUCUUGAAAUGGAUGUAGAUGAUACCAUCCUACAGUUAAAAGAAAAGAUACAUGAAAUAGAGCCUGUUCCAACCCAGAGGCUCAUUCUUCAAUCAAGUGGUGUAGAAUUGAAGGAUAAUCACUCUUUACGUGAGUGUGAGCUGAUGGAUAAUAGUGAAAUUAACGUGAAUAUAAGGCCAUCAUCCACUGGCUUAGGAAUAGGCUCUACAGGAGGCGCUACCACUGGAACAAAGAAGCUGAAAUUGAUGGUGUUGCCGAAGUGCGGGACUAAGAAGAUACCGGUUGAAGUGAAUGCAUCGGACAAUGUUGGGGAGCUGAGAAAAGAGCUGCAAAAGUUGAGCCAGAGGCUGCAUUUUCAUCUUCCACCAGAAGGGUAUUUUUUCAUAUACAAACAGAAUGUGAUGGACGAUGAUAGGUCUUUCAGGUGGCACCAUGUUUGCCAAGGUGAUACAGUUGAGAUCUUUAAUGGAAGCAUCACGGGGGGAUCCUAAAUUCCUAAUCUAUAAUUAAUGUUACCCUUUAUGGGUAAUACUAUGUGUGUGUCUUGAUAAUUUCAAGUUGCAGGGUUUUUGUUAUGUUGUGUACAACAUGAUGCAUCCAGUUGCUUAGUAUGUUAUGUACUUAUGAACAGCAUGUAUCCUUUUCCAUUUUGUCUUUUAUCUUUGCUUUCGAAUUAAUGUAGUUUUGCUUUUAAUGUAUGCUUUUGUUUAGAAUGUUGUAGUAAUCAUUGUUUCAAGUGCUUCAUUUCCUACAA